AUGUAUUAAAAUAAAAACUAUGAAAUUUUUAAGUUGCCUCAUCUCUAAUAAUACAAAUCUAACAUUACAUUUAUUCCUAAAUCUCCAGAAUAUAUUAAUUAAUAGCAACCACAAUUAUAAGUGAGAUUGGAACUUCCUAAUUUUGGUAUGAUGCCUUAGAGAAAAUAAUAAAUUAUAAGAAAAAAAACACCUCCUAAAAAGUAUAUUGAUGAGUUCCCAGCUUAUUAUUUAGACUUAUUACCAAUACCUCCAUUUCUUAAAGAGCCAGAAUAAAUAAAUUAUUUGAUUUUGCAACAUAAAGGGGAGAGGCCAAAAAAAAUAGAAAUCCAAUAAUUGCCUUCAUUAAGGUAACUUAAAGAAACACCAAAAUUGAUAAUAUCUUCUAAAACAACUUCUAACCUUACUAACAAGCCUAUCAUAAGAUCUUUGAAUUUAUAAGCCUUAGGAUCAGAUUAUUAAUAAAAGGAAUAAGAAAAAUAAACAGAUAAAUAAAAUGGAUAAUUGGAAUAGAUAAAGAUUCAACAGAUCAAGCCUAGAUCUAAACAGCUACAAAGAUGGAUUAAAAGAGUAUAUCAUCUAAAGAUAUGGCUAUCUUUUUAUAAAUUGCUUAUUGAAACAUUAACAGCUAAAACUGAAAUAAUUUUAAAGCAACAAAGAGAAGAAUUUGCUUAAAAUCUUAAUGGAGCUUUAAGACAAUUAUCUGAUUGGACGGAUGCAACUUUAGAUGAAUUGCUACUUGAAAUUAUAAAUUUAAAAGAGCCUUUAUAUAUGAGAGUAGGUGAAGAAAAGUAAAAUCAAUAAAAAAAAAAAAAUAUAGAAAAUUUAUUAGUUUUAUGCAUGAAAAAGUUAAUUUCUGUAAAUAUUUCUGGUUUUUUCACAAAAUAACUUGGAAUGAUUUUGAACAGAUUAAUAUAACCUUAUUAAUUUCCUCCUGUAUCAUUUUACUUUAAAUUUGAAAUAAUCAGACUAAAGCCUACUGUUUCUGGAAGUCUUGGAUAAAUGGAAAAGAAUCAAUAAAGAAUGAUACUAAUGCUAUUCAUAUUUAUAAGAUAAGUUUUAUUUGCUUAAAUCUUGAGAGCUUGGUAAUUUCAUCCUAAUUAAACAGAUAAUGAUCAAUAAUUGAUGCUAAUUUAAGCAAACUCUAUUAUAAUAGUCUCAGUUGUACAUGAAAUUAUUAUUAAAUGGAUAGAAAGAAAUGUACCAAAAAAAAGAGGGCUUGAUUUAGAUAUGUUACAUCAUCANUUUUUAAAUAAUAAUGUAUUAAAAUAAAAACUAUGAAAUUUUUAAGUUGCCUCAUCUCUAAUAAUACAAAUCUAACAUUACAUUUAUUCCUAAAUCUCCAGAAUAUAUUAAUUAAUAGCAACCACAAUUAUAAGUGAGAUUGGAACUUCCUAAUUUUGGUAUGAUGCCUUAGAGAAAAUAAUAAAUUAUAAGAAAAAAAACACCUCCUAAAAAGUAUAUUGAUGAGUUCCCAGCUUAUUAUUUAGACUUAUUACCAAUACCUCCAUUUCUUAAAGAGCCAGAAUAAAUAAAUUAUUUGAUUUUGCAACAUAAAGGGGAGAGGCCAAAAAAAAUAGAAAUCCAAUAAUUGCCUUCAUUAAGGUAACUUAAAGAAACACCAAAAUUGAUAAUAUCUUCUAAAACAACUUCUAACCUUACUAACAAGCCUAUCAUAAGAUCUUUGAAUUUAUAAGCCUUAGGAUCAGAUUAUUAAUAAAAGGAAUAAGAAAAAUAAACAGAUAAAUAAAAUGGAUAAUUGGAAUAGAUAAAGAUUCAACAGAUCAAGCCUAGAUCUAAACAGCUACAAAGAUGGAUUAAAAGAGUAUAUCAUCUAAAGAUAUGGCUAUCUUUUUAUAAAUUGCUUAUUGAAACAUUAACAGCUAAAACUGAAAUAAUUUUAAAGCAACAAAGAGAAGAAUUUGCUUAAAAUCUUAAUGGAGCUUUAAGACAAUUAUCUGAUUGGACGGAUGCAACUUUAGAUGAAUUGCUACUUGAAAUUAUAAAUUUAAAAGAGCCUUUAUAUAUGAGAGUAGGUGAAGAAAAGUAAAAUCAAUAAAAAAAAAAAAAUAUAGAAAAUUUAUUAGUUUUAUGCAUGAAAAAGUUAAUUUCUGUAAAUAUUUCUGGUUUUUUCACAAAAUAACUUGGAAUGAUUUUGAACAGAUUAAUAUAACCUUAUUAAUUUCCUCCUGUAUCAUUUUACUUUAAAUUUGAAAUAAUCAGACUAAAGCCUACUGUUUCUGGAAGUCUUGGAUAAAUGGAAAAGAAUCAAUAAAGAAUGAUACUAAUGCUAUUCAUAUUUAUAAGAUAAGUUUUAUUUGCUUAAAUCUUGAGAGCUUGGUAAUUUCAUCCUAAUUAAACAGAUAAUGAUCAAUAAUUGAUGCUAAUUUAAGCAAACUCUAUUAUAAUAGUCUCAGUUGUACAUGAAAUUAUUAUUAAAUGGAUAGAAAGAAAUGUACCAAAAAAAAGAGGGCUUGAUUUAGAUAUGUUACAUCAUCAAUUUUUAUUUAUAGAAAAACCAUUAACAUAGGAUAAGGAGAAAAUGGAGAAAUAAGGAAAAAAAUAUUAAGAUAAUGAAUUAAUCGAAGGGAUAUUAGGAAGCAAUUAAAUUAUGAAGUACUUGUAAAAUACUAAAGGAGAAUAUGAAAAGUGGGUGAUAUAGUUUGAGAAGGAUAUGAUAAAUUAUUGUGAUUAGAUUUAUGAUCAUCUAACAAAAGAAUUUGAAGAACAACCUAGACAAAGGGAUCGAAUUUGCAAAAUGAUGUCAAUCCACUAUUUAGCAUCUUUAAUUAGAAAAUAUUGA